CGGAGUCGUUCAGCAUCAGCUGAUGGGUGAGCCAAACACAGGAUGUCAUCAGGCCCUGUUGUGGAGAGUGAGGAUAGUAGUGCACAUGCCAAUCUGGCAGUGACUUCAGGGUACAGUGAAGGUCCCCCCUCCCACCUGGCAGUGACUGUGUUGAGGGCCACUGGCCUCAGAGCUAAGGGCUUCCAUGGGGGCAGCAACCCUUACGUUGUCGUCCAGCUGGGGCAGAGGAGAAUCACCACCCCUGUCAUCCACGGUACCCUGACCCCCCGCUGGAACUGUGAGCUCACCUUCCCCCUGCCCUCCUCGGCCCCCCGGGAUGGCACCACCGAAGCCCUGACCCUGACCAUCCACCACCGACGCCCACUACUGGCCCUGCCUGAUAAGUUCCUGGGUACUGUGAGCUUCAGGCUGGAGGAUGUUAUCAAGAAGCAGGACGGGAACAAAGGGUGGUUUGUACUCAAUUCUGAGUCGCGGAAGAAGCCAAAGAAGCGUGGGCAUGUGGAAGUAUCUUUCAGGCUGCACAGAGAGCAUAGCAGCCUUCCAUCCCACUCCCAACCCCUCACCCAGACCCAGUCCCAACCCCUCACCCUUCUCUCCCACUCCACAAGCCUCUCCCAACCCUCCAACCUUCCAUCCCACUCCCAAUCCCUCACCCAGCCUCACUCCCAAUCCCACUUCCAACCCUCCUCCAUCUGCACCAAGAGCCACAUCAGUAGGGAGAGUGACACACGCUGCUCACCACCUUCUGUUCAGUCGGUGGUAAAGCAUCGGGAGCCAAUUCAUCCAUCUUGUGGAAAGGAGAAUUCUGGAGUGCUGGACUCAGUUCCACUACCAUCUGCACCAGCAAGCCCUCAGAAGCCAGCAGACGGCCCAGACUGCGUCAGCAUCACUACUGCUGAUUGCAGCAAUACCAUCAGACCAGUAUCCUAUUCCGCUGCGACUGGAGACCUGGAGGAUGGUACUGCAUCCAUCGUCACCUGUGAGACUGGAGACCUGGAGGAUGGUACUGCAUCCAUCGUCACCUGUGAGACUGGAGACCUGGAGGAUGGCCAGGAGGCCAGUCUGCUGGACCCAGGAGGAGGACACAGCUCCCAUCAGGGUCCACUGGAGGAGACAUCUACAGCAGGGAGCACCAUCGGGACUCAGACUUCCAGUAGCUUCCAAAUGUUCCCGUUCCAACAUUCCCAAUCCCAAGGGAGGAUGAGGAGGGUCUCUUUCAGGUCCUCCUUCCGUUCCAGACUGAGGCGUCUCCGCUACAGGUUGGACUCAGGAGAGGACAGCGGGGAGAGGCGGACUCUGAGACUCCAGGUCUGCCCCAGGGUGUUCUCCCGGUCGACCUCCCCACCUUACGACAGGUUCCCCAAGAUAGAUGUGUCAGAGAGGCCACAGGGUUUCUUGGCACGGCUCUUCCCCUGUCUAGAUAGAAGGUAAUGACAUUAAAGAAAGACAAGCCUGA